AUGGCCCGCGACACCGGCCGGGCGAGGGGGCGCGCCGCCGCCGUCGCGUUCUUCUUGUCCCGGGCGGUGGCGGGGCGGUGGCUCCGGGCUUGGGUGGAGCGGCGACGGCGGCGGUUGGAGGCCACGCGGGCGGCGGAAGACCACCGGGCCCGGGCGGCUGUUAGCCCGGGGGCUGCGCGGUGGCGGCGACAGCGGCGGCGGGACCAGCAGCUGCGGAUGGAGGCCGCCUGGAGCUCGUGGCGGGCAACGACGAGGGGGAGAAGGACGUCGCGAUCGGCGCGACGGGCAGUCGUUGAGGCCGUCGAGAGCCGCCUGCGGAGCGGCGCGAUCGGAGCGUGGCGAGGCUUCGCGGAUGGCAGGCUCCGGCGGCGAGGCCUGCUGGCCGAAGCGGCGCAGAGCCGGGCUCGGCGACUGAAGGGGAAAGGGUUGCGGGGCCUGAAGGGCGGCGCCCUCGACGCGCGCGCUCCUCGAGAUGCGGUUUGGGUUGGGGACGAGCACUGGAGACGGCGAGGGGCGGCGAUUGUCGUGGCGCGACUGCGAAAUCUCACCGAGUCACGACGGCGAAUGGUUCGGCGAGCCGCCGCUCUCUGCCUCCGUGUCGCCGCCCGAGCUGGCCUGACGCGCUGGCGGCAGUCCGCGCGAGACUCGAGGGUGGCUCGGGAGGCGUGCGUCAAGGGAGAAGCCUGGCGGCGGGAGAAAGCGAGGAGAGACGGGGUGUCGAUGCUGUCCGGUAGAUUGGGCGGGCGCGCUGAACAGAAACGAGCGAUUCGAGUCGGCACGCGGCACCUCUCGCGCCGCCUAGCCGGCCGCGCGGUGGCUGCGUGGCGAGGGUGGACCCGGCGUCGAGCCGCGGCCGCCGAUCUCUACGAAGGGGCUUCGGCGUUGCACCGUUCCUGGGUCUUAUCGGCGGGGAUGCGGGCCCUAGACCGGGUGGCGAGGGCGAGAACGUCGCGGCGCGAGGCCAUCGUCGUCGCUGAGCGACACCUCUUGCGGUUCUACGGGCUGGGGCGGUGGCGCGCUGCGGCCGCAUCGAGGAGGCGUGCGCGCAGCCGGGCGGAGAUCGCCACGGUCCACUGGGCACGGACACUGUCCUCGAAGGUGUUGAUAUCCUGGGAAGCGGCUGCGCUGCAGCAGUGGGCCGAGACGAGGCAGGAGGAGGCCGCCGCCCGCCACGAGCGUCUCGCCGGCAAGAGACGGGCGCUCCGGGCUUGGAUGGCGCGCGUGCGGUCGCGGCCGCGGUGCUUGCUGUGCGUUAGGUCGAGGUCGGGGUAUCAUUAG